AUGGCCAGUCAGCUGGCGUCCCUGCCCGAGGUCGAGCGGCUCAGCCCGAUCUGCAUCCGCAUUCUCGGCGGCAACCCAGGCCGGUUCACGCUGCAGGGCACCAACACGUAUCUGCUGGGCACCGGUCGGGAGCGGCUGCUCGUCGACACGGGUGAGGGCAAGGCGUCGUGGGCGGCGGCCCUCGCGCGCACGCUCGCCGCCGAAGACGCCACGCUCGCCGCCACGCUCAUCACGCACUGGCACCCCGACCACGUCGGCGGUAUCGAACAGGUGCGCCGGCUCGUCCCCCACGCGCCCGUGUAUCAGGACCCAGACAUUGCCGACAACCAGCAGUUCUGCGUCGAGGGCGCCACCCUGCGUGCCGUCCACACGCCCGGCCACACGACCGACCACAUGGUCUUUGUGCUGGCCGAGGAGGACGCUGUGCUGGCGGGCGACAACGUGCUGGGCCACGGCACUGCCGUGUUCGAGGAUCUGGCCGUCUACCUGCACAGCCUCGCCCUCAUGCGGUCGCUCUACACGGGCUGCUCACCAAACAGCAGUGCGCGUCUCUACCCCGGUCACGGCCCCGUGGUCGCUGACGGACCCGCCAAGAUCGCCGAGUACAUCCAGCACCGCAAGCUGCGCGAGGACCAGGUGGUGCGGCUGCUGCGCACGCACGACAAGCAGUGCGCUAUCGCGGCCGCCACCACAACCUCGUCCGCCCCUCCGUCGCCCGCCUCCUCCCCCUCACCCUCGGAGACCCCCGCGUCGUGGACGGCCAUGGAGCUCGUCGAGGUCAUCUACGCCGAUACCCGGAAAGAUCUGCACCCGGCGGCCGAGAAGGGCCUCCUGCAGAUCCUCGACAAGCUGGAACAAGACGGCAUGACCGUCAGGGACGGCCGGCUGUGGUCGCUGCGUGAGCGCUCGCCCCUGUGA